GCCGGCGGCGCGGAGGCUGCGGCGGGGCAGCGGCGGCGAGCGGAGCGGUGCCGGUUUGAGGGAGUUGUUUGGGAGUUGCACAGCCAGUCCGACGGGUUGCGCCGGAGCCCCGGCUUGUCUGGGCCGGGAGAAGCGCUCGCCUUGCCUCUUUUCCCGGCUCCCUCUUCCCCCCCGCGUCCCCCCCGCCCUCCUUCCCUCCCCGCCUCGUGCCUUUUCCCCCCGUCUUUUCCUGGAUCCUGCGAGAGGGGGGCCGCGGGGAGCCCGGCGGAUGCUCCUUGGGCUCCCCAGCCCCCCCACCCCGGGCGCCCGCCGGCCUCGGCGCUGGGCUCGGACUGGAGGAGGAGGAGGAGGAGGAGGGCUGACACCCAGAAGGGGAGACACCCAAAAAAACUUUCCCAGCCGGUUUCCGGGACGCGGGGCACGGAGGCGAGCCGGCUCGGCGGCGCGGGGCGGCCGCCGCGGGGGCAGCGGCGCGGGGAGCCCCUCGGCGGGGCGCCGUCGAGGCAUGGACGGGGCGGCGGCGGCGGGCGGCCCCGCGGAGCCCACCCCGCGCAAAGGCGGCGGCGCGGCCGAGGGCGGCAAGAGCCAAGCGGGGAGCCAGCAGCCACUCUUCUCCCUGGGCUUUGAGGCCGGCUACGCGCAGCAGCCGCAGCCCGAGGAGCGCCACGACAGUACCAGCAAUGGGACAGCCCGGCUACCCCAGUUGGGGACCGUGGGUCAGUCUCCCUACACCAGCGCCCCGCCGCUCUCCCACACCCCCAACGCCGACUUCCAGCCCCCCUACUUCCCCCCCCCUUACCAGCCCAUCUACCCCCAGUCUCAGGACCCCUACUCCCACGUGAACGACCCCUACAGCCUCAACCCCCUCCAUGCCCAGCCGCAGCCCCAGCACCCAGGAUGGCCGGGACAGAGGCAGAGCCAGGAGACGGGGCUACUUCACACGCACCGGGGUUUGCCCCACCAGCUCUCGGGGCUCGACCCACGCAGGGACUACCGGCGGCACGACGACCUGCUGCAUGCCCCGCACGGGCUGGGCUCGGGGCUGGCCGACCUGCCCCUCCACUCCAUCCCCCACGCCAUCGAGGACGUGCCGCACGUAGAAGACCCCGGUAUUAACAUCCCAGAUCAAACUGUAAUUAAGAAAGGCCCCGUGUCCCUCUCCAAGUCUAACAACAACGCCGUCUCCUCCAUCCCCAUCAACAAGGACACGCUCUUCGGCGGGGUGGUGAACCCCAACGAGGUCUUCUGCUCGGUGCCGGGCCGCCUCUCGCUGCUCAGCUCCACCUCCAAAUACAAGGUCACGGUGGCGGAAGUGCAGAGACGCCUCUCGCCGCCCGAGUGCCUCAACGCCUCCCUGCUGGGCGGGGUGCUCCGGAGGGCGAAGUCUAAAAACGGAGGGAGAUCUCUGAGGGAGAAACUGGACAAAAUAGGAUUAAACCUGCCAGCCGGGAGGCGUAAAGCUGCUAACGUCACCUUGCUCACGUCGCUGGUGGAGGGAGAAGCAGUACAUCUAGCUAGAGAUUUUGGGUACGUUUGUGAGACAGAAUUUCCUGCCAAAGCAGUAGCUGAAUUUCUCAACCGACAACAUUCCGAUCCAAACGAGCAAGUCACAAGAAAAAACAUGCUUCUAGCUACAAAACAGAUCUGUAAAGAGUUCACCGACCUGCUGGCUCAGGACCGAUCUCCCCUGGGGAACUCGCGGCCCAACCCCAUUUUGGAGCCGGGCAUCCAGAGCUGCCUGACCCACUUCAACCUCAUCUCGCACGGCUUCGGGAGCCCGGCGGUGUGCGCUGCCGUCACUGCCCUGCAGAACUAUCUCACCGAGGCACUCAAGGCCAUGGACAAAAUGUACCUCAGCAACAAUCCCAACAGCCACACAGACAACAGCACCAAAAGCGGCGACAAAGAGGAGAAGCACCGAAAGUGAGGAUUCCCCCCCACAUACACUCCUCUCCCUUCCCCCUCAUAGCCCAUCGAUCCAUUCAUCUCCCUCCUCCCUCUCCCCUGCACCCAGCACCCCAGGCUACAGCAACAGAAUGAGCAUCCUUCUGCCAAUCCUGUUCUCUGACUCUGCAGGACUGCUCAGCCCUCUCCCCACACCCCUUCCCAGCAUCCACAUUUCCAUUUGCUCCCUCUUAACUUCCCCCCCUCUCCCCGAUGCCACCAUCGUUUUACCCCAGUUUGGAGCCUAAGAGAACAGAACAGGGGGACGGAGCCAGCAAAGAAAAAAAGUUCUGUCUUGAGUUUGUGAACUUUUUUUUUUAAAUAAAACAAAAGGAGGAAAAAAAAAAAAGAAAACAAAAAAAGAAAAGGACUUUUUUUCUAAAAAUAUAUAAAAAAUUUAAAAAAAAAACCAAAAAGAAAUAAAUAAUACUUAAAAAAUUCUAUGAGCUUCACCGGACUGAAUCACCACCUUCCCUUACAUAAACUUCAGUUAAGAUUGUAGCCAUAUUAAAAAUGAAAAAAGCGAUAAAGGUACAGCAGCAACAGCAAACAGACAAAAGGCAAAAAGGACUGAUGACAUUUUAUCAGUAUUGUGAAUAAACUUGAACACAAAACACAAGCAGUUCCAUGUCAUAUCUUCAGUUGUAGAACUUUUUCCUGUCCAAGGUAAAGCGACCAACUUGAACUUUCUAUUGCAACACGAUUCACGGUUAUUAUAUAAGGGAAUCAGUGUUCAUGUAUGUAUAUAUUUAUUUAUGUGUAAUUUAAUGGGAAUUGUAAAUAUGGUGAGUCUGUUUUAAGCCUUUUUUUAUUUAUCUGGUGAUCUCGUUUACCUCUUGUUUAGUGGGUUUUAAAUCUUCCCCUCUUAGUUCAUCAUGUGGUUCAUGGUACUUAUUUAGAUAUCAGAGGUUUUUUGGGGGUUUUUCUCUGGGAUUCAUCAUUUUUAGCCCUGUUGUAGCAUGUUAAAGGCGACAAUGAAGCAGCUGAACAAAUAAAAAACCAUGAAUUUUUAUAUAUAAUUAGUAUGACAUUUAGUUUCUCAUUGAAGAUAAAAUAAAGUGAUGUUGGACCCUGGCAAGGUUUUUAAACAUGUUAGUGGUUUUACAACCCUUAUGUGUUGUGGAAAAUGAAAGAAGUUAUUUUCAUCCACUGUCCUCCUCCCGAAAGCACCAUCAGAGCAAUAAAUUAAUAUUGUCUUUUAAAACAAGAUUUAGCUUUUCUCUCCUUUUUCCCCCCUUUUUUUUUCUUUCUCCCUUUCUUUUGUUUUUCUUUUUCUCCUUUUUUUCUUUUUCUUCUUUUUUUUUUUUUUUUUUCCCAAAGAACUUUAAACAUUUGGGACCACCUGGUAUCCUGUAUUUCCACUGGCCAUAUUGGAAGCAGUUAUAGUUGUAUUGUAUUGAGUUGUGCCGGCAGUAGUUUCCAUGCCUAUCAAUGUAUCAUAGUCCUUUGUUGCCCAGAUAAAUAAAUAUUUGAUACGCUUUAUGUCGAUUUUUUUAUUCAGUGGCUGUCUUUACCCAGGCGUAUUUUUGUUCUUGGCAGUAUUUUUUAUUCAGUAUGGUUACAGUAAUUGAGUUUAACUCUCCCUUGACAAUUGCUCCUUGCAAUAAGCAGCUGAACCCAUUGUUUCCCUCAAGUAUAAUAAAAACUUACUUUCAACUUGGAGUUCAGAGCAGGGUAUCAUUUAGAUAUUCCACUGAGUCUGUAUUCAGACAAAUGACACAAUAAAGCACAAUGUAUUCUUUUGGAUAAAAAAUUGUCUGUACUACUAACAAAAUGACACA